GAAGCGCCGCGCUGAGGGCGGCAGUGGCGGCAGUGGCGGCCGGGCUGAGGGGCCUGAGGGGCCGGCCGGGUGCGGCGCGAUGCGGGGCGGCCGCCGCCUCUUCCCGCUGCUGCUCCUGGCGCUGCUGCCCGGGCUAUGCCACGGCAGGGAGCCGACGCCGGGCGCCGUGACUUGCGGCUCGGUGCUGAAACUGCUCAACACCCGCCACAGCGUACGGCUCCACUCGCAUGAGGUCAAGUACGGCUCCGGAAGUGGGCAGCAGUCAGUGACAGGAGUUGAAGCUUCAGAUGAUGCCAACAGCUACUGGCGGAUCCGUGGGAAGAGUGACAACAGUUGCCAGCGUGGGACACCAGUGAAAUGUGGGCAAGCCAUACGACUUACCCACGUUAACACUGGGAAAAACCUGCACACUCAUCACUUCCCAUCACCACUCUCCAAUAACCAAGAAGUAAGUGCCUUUGGGGAUGAUGGCGAAGGAGAUGACCUGGAUUUCUGGAUUGUGCAGUGCAGUGGGACUUACUGGGAGCGGGAGGAUGCCGUGCGCUUCAAGCACGUGGGGACUGAGGUGUUCCUGUCCGUCACGGGGGAGCAGUACGGCCACCCCAUUAGAGGCCAGCGGGAAGUUCAUGGCAUGCCUGCUGCCAACCACCACAACUAUUGGAAAGCCAUGGAGGGAGUCUUCAUCAAACCCAGUCUGGACCCUGCAAAACAUGAUGAGCUCUGAACUGACACAGGAUCCAAAAUGCUUUGUUUGACUCCAGUGUUUGGAGAUGCUAGUUCUUGGUUUCUUCUAAGUCCUGCCUUGCCUAAGUGACUGAUUUUCUGUGUUACUGAAGGGCAUUAGUUCAUUCUAGGAAUGCAGCACUUCUGUGGGGAAUGGCUUCUGCCAGAUUCAGCCACUGACAUUUAUUUGGUGAAGUCCUUUCUGAAUUUCCAAGCUUUAUUGGUGAAACUAGUUCAUACAUCUGUUAGGUUUUGUUGUCAUUUGUUUGCUUGUUACUUUUUCUUGAAUUCAAAGAAAAUGAAAAAAUGAAAGUAAUACUUUUCUCUAGUCCCAAGUAAUAAUAAAACUCUGUAUUUUGUAAUCUUUUUCCAGCUAUAAUUAAAUAUUUAGAAACUGAUUUCUACAUCCUAGUGAAGGAAUGUUAUUGAUGAGGAGAUGGAUUGAGUGUAGAAAUGGAAAAAUGGCUAUGAAAUGUGGUGUUUUUUGAACGACUUGCAGUCAGCUAUUCAGUCUUUGAGUUAAAAAAAAGUAUCAAUUUGAAAAUUGCAUCCAAUGUCUUAUGAAAGUUUCAUUCUGUAUUGUAUUGGAAGACUUGAAAAUAUUGUGUAUGUUGGAGUAAGAAGACAAAAUUUUAAUAGUUGUACUUUGUCCAAGAAAUUCAGAUGUUCUAGUAGUGCUGGUACAGCUGAUUGUCCAUUGGUAAAGCUGCUCUGCUCUAUGAACAGGUGCAGAAAACUGCUGCUUGCUUAAUUAAUAUUAGAAUUUCACAGAAUUUCUUGUGGUGUAAAGGAACGGUUAAAUUUGGCUUAUUUCUGUGUCACUCUACAAGAUCAGUAUGACAAUCCAGGUGAAUAAAUAGCGAGGCAUACACCUAUGUGGGGGUUUUUAUGUGUGAAUCCAGAAGAGCAAAAAAAAAUCUGAGACAAUGGUUUGGUCAUGGAUUUCUGACAGAGUGGUACGCACUGGAGUGCUAGCAAGGAAUCUUCACUGAACAAGUUAAGAAUUUCUGUGUUCCUCUGUGAAAAGAAAUUAAUUCUUUGCAUUUUUUACACAGUGUUACUGGAAAUACUGAUUAAAAUUCAAAAUACCA